UUUUUUUUUUUCACUAUGUUAUCUGUUUCUUUGGCACCUACAUCAGCACCUCGUCGAUGGUAUUCAAAACAAAACCGUAUACUCGAAGAAUAUCAGGAAAUUGGAUAUCUUGAAGCCAAGCAUAGCCAUGAACGUAAACAAGCCUUAUUAGUCGGCUUUUCUUCCACAACACAUAUUCCACAUCGUAACGUCAACAGUAUGGAAGACCAUAGUAUGGAGGACAUUGCCACUCAAGAUAGUCAUCUUCAACUCGACAGUAGUAGCGGUAUUCUUCAUUCAUUAACCUUUGAUGCCCCCGAUCGUCAUCAGAUAGAUAUCAACUAUGACGACGAUGACGACAACGACGAUAUCAACAACAACAACAACAAUAAUAAUAAUAAUAGUAACAAUAACGAUAGCAAUGACGAGCUCGACGGUGAUCAAUCUUCUUCUCAUCACGGCGACGAUUUGUCUUUUGGAUCACUAUCUUAUACACCGCAUAUGAGGCGAACAAAUAAUAAUAACAACACUGGCACUCCUGGGUUGGAAGCAUCGUUUAGAACAAUGAGUCGUAUGGCAAUUUUCGAUACACCUCAACCCUAUUCUAUGCGUUCCUUGGCUACACCAACAGCAGAAACACAACAAACUGUACCAUCACCAGAUUUGGCUGAUUUUUUGUCUCCACCACCAACAGCACGAAGAAAUUUACGACAAUACUUGGAUGAUAGUUCGACAGGGUUUAUGGAAUCAGAAUUUGUGGAUAGAAUUGUAUAUGAUGAUCGAAAUGAUAUAGAUCAAGUACGUGAUGGACUAGAUGAUGAUGAUCAUCUUUUACACUCUUCAACAACAAGAUAUCGACGAUCUAAUUUUUUCCUUGAUUAGUUAGUACAUCCUGUUUCAUUCCAUUUUAUCCAAAUAAAGCUGACUGACAUUUUUUUUAUACAUUUAUUGAUACAUUUGAUACAGUUGACAAGAUCCAAU